AUGCAUACUCUAACUCUUCAAUUGCUUAACCACCUAUGUGAAGUUUUGAAAGUAUCAAGAGCGAAGAAAAUAUUUAGACAAUCAUUCAUUAAUGAGGCAAAAUAUGGGAUUCCCGAGAUUCUGGAAGAGAUUAUAAAGUCAUAUCCUUAUGCACUCGAGUAUCUGGAUGAGGAUGUAUUCAAAUUGGCAGUAUUAAAUCGUUAUGAAAAGAUUUUCAACCUCAUCUGCGAAAUCGGUAUGCAUAGACAACUUAUAAUACGAACCAUAGAUGAUUCAAAUAACGAUAAUAUCUUGCAUUUGGCUGGAAAAUUGGCCCCUCCGCACCGGCUCAGUCUCGUUUCUGGUGCAGCUCUACAAAUGCAACACGAGUUACAUUGGUUUAAGGAAAUUAAAAAAUAUGCCCCGAGAGCCUUCAGUGAAUCUGAGAACGAAAACAAAGAUAAACUGAAAAUGGUAUUUAUAAAGGAACAUGAAAAGUUGAUAAAAGAAGGGGAGAAAUGGAUGAAAGGCACAGCAAAAUGUUACGCAUUAGCAGCAGCGCUUAUUGCUACUGUAGUGUUUGCAGCAGCAAUUACCAUCCCGGGUGGCAACCAUGAUGAUACUGGCAUACCAAAUUUCUCCAAAGAAAUUGCCUUCAAAGUUUUUGCAGUUUUGGAUGCGCUUUCCCCCUUCCUAUCCAUUGCUUCGGAGGUUGAUAUUUGGCCUUGUUACUCUAUUUCUCUCCGUAACAUUCAUGAUGAUAGCCUACAGUGGCGCAAUCUAUCUUCUCUUUGGUGA